AUGCCUGGCUUGCAAUUCUCGACAGCCACCCGGGAGCAUGCCGCAGAAAUCGAGAAAUUCAUGUUCACGGAAUUUAGAGUCAACGAACCAAUUACAGUGUCGCUGAAGGCAACGGAAACGGAACUUUUGGAAUUUUUCCACGAUCUGUCAGAAUCUGGUUACUCUAACGAAAAAUAUUCGACGGUGGUUCAUCAAGAUGGCAGGCUAGUUGCUAUCUGCCUUUGCUCUGUGAACAGCUACGAGGAUGACAACAUGGUAGAAGAAACGCCAGAAAUAGACGAUGAAACCCAUGACUACGCCAAAGAAAUCGCGCAGGGACCUUAUAGGGAGCACAAAGCUAACCAAUUGGCAAUCUUUGUGGGUGCAUUGGAACGAAGACAACGAGAAUUGCUUGGCAAAUCUUGUAAAGUGAUGAAAAUCGACAUCAUAUGCGUUUCUUCAGAAGCCAAAGGCCAUGGUCUCGGCAAAGAGCUGACCAGGAGGUCUAUAGAAAUAGCACGUUCUGAAGGAUGCGACUGGGUGGCCACGGCAGCGACGGCAGCCGCUUCUCAAGCCGUUUUUUCACGGAUGGGAUUCCAGUCGUUGCAUGAAAUACCGUACUCGAGCUUCAGAGAGAACGGAAACGUGGUCUUCAAAAAUCUUCACGACGGCUGUGAAUCUGGGAAAUUCAUGGCAUUAAGAGUUAACUAG